AAGCCGGAGCUAUGGCCGAGCAGGGCCUGGAGAUGGCAUCCAUGAUCCCGGCGCUGCGGGAGCUCGCUAGUGCUAGUCCAGAAGAAUACAAUACAGUUGUUCAGAAACCAAGACAAAUACUCUGCCAAUUCAUUGACAGAAUUCUUACAGAUGUAGAUGUGGUUGCUCUGGAACUCAUUAAGAAAUCAGAUUCACAGCCAAGUUCUGUAAUGCUACUAGAUUUCAUUCAACAUAUCAUGAAAUCUUCUCCCCUUAUGUUUGUAAAUGUCAAUGCAAGUCAAGAGGAAACAGAAUGCAAUUGCAUUGAAUUUAGUAAUUGGAUCAUAACAAGACUUCUCCGAAUUGCUGUGACUCCAAACUGUAUCCUGUUGCACAAGAACAUCUCCGAUGUCAUUUGCUCUUUACUUUUUCUGUUUAAAAUGAGAAGUUGUUCCAUCUUUGAAAUACUAACAAAAGACUUGCUACAGCUUUUCCAAGAUUUAAUCUUCCUGCAUGAAAGAGACACACAAAAGCAGCUCUGGGGAGAUGUGCUGGUAUGGCCGGUGAUUGUAAAGAGAUUUUCAAGCAAUUCAAGUGACAAUGUGGGAUAUUUAAGAUUAGCACCAUUACACCUGAUGGGUAUGCCCAAUGUAGAAUGUCUGGAAGUUAUAUUGUUGUCUAUCCUGAUGGAUAUUGCUGCAGAUGUUUUUUUUGUAAGACAAGAUACUGUUCUCUGGGGAAUAGGGUGCUCCCUGUUAGAGUAUGGUUGUCCAAAAGUUAAAGCUUUGGCAAUGAAGUUUUUAAUAAAAUUAAUUCAUUUGGGAGGACCUCCAGAACAGCUGGCCAGUGUUUUCUUCACAGUCUUUUUUGGAAUUCUACAUUCAGCACUUGAAAUGGAUACUGAAGAACUGGAACUCUGUGGAGAACCAUUUUUACAAUUGGUUAAAACGUUGAUGCCUUUUGACGCAGAUUCUUACAAAAAUAUUGAACCUGUCUAUUUGAAUAUGCUACUAGAGAAGCUUUGUGCACUGUUUGAAGGAGAUAUUUUUAUGUGUCUUCAUUCUGAAAAACUGAAAGCUGCUUUUUGCCAUAUACUGCAAUAUUUUCUGGAGUUUGUUCCACCUGGCUAUGAAUCUGCUGUACAAGUAAGAAAAGUCCAUGUCAAUACCAUAUGCAGAGUUUUUGUGAGUGUGCUUGGAACUCAGGAAGAACAAGAGUAUCUGGUGAGUCCACUUUAUACAGUAUUAAAAGCACAAACAGAAGAAAUCUUUCAGGAGCUUCAUCAGAGCCAGCUAGAUACUUCUGACACUAAUGGGUGGAGCAGCAGCAGUGAUGAAGUUCCAGAGAAAAGACUGCGACUAAGCCUACCAGCAAAGCAUCCAAAGAAAUCGCCUGCACCAGUAGUACUUAGCCCUGUAAACAUGAAAUUGAAGAGCACACUUUGGAAUGCCAUCACAGAGAAAGCCACAUCCUUAAUAUCUGUCCUCGAGAAAGAAAGUCUGACAGCGAAUAUUCUUCAGGCUGCAGAAGGAAUUGCCAUAAUUCUGCAGCUAGCUGCGCUGUGUGUAGUUCAUUGUUCUCCCCCAACAAAUUCUAGCAGUGUGGAACCAUACUCAUUGGAUUGUGUAGAGAAUAUACAAUUCACGUGGAUUUCCUCUGACUUUAUCACAAGAGUAGUAAAAGUGUGUGGGAGCCUGUUAGAGACUGCUACAAAGAUGGUUAACCUAGAACAAGUGAUUGACAGAACAGUGAAAAUCUUUGAUGCUUUGCUGUAUGCACAAGUAAAAAUUCCACUGAGUGAUCAGAUUCUUGAUAAUAUAUGUGGACUGCUGUCUCUACCUUGGAUUUGCAGCCAUCCUGAUGAUGAUUCUUUUAAAACAUCUGCUUUUGGGACUGAUCUUCUAGUUUUGAGUCAAAAAACUGCACAAAAUUUCUCACCUCAAACUCAGUCACGUUGUGUGUUCCUUCUAUCUCUCUUCCCAAGAAACAUUCAUCUGGAUUGGCGAAAAUCCAUUUAUUACUGGGCACUACAAAGUCCCCAUGAAGUAAUUCGGGCUACUUGUGUGAAAGGAUUCUCUUUCCUGCUUCAUCCACCAAGCGUGCAGUCUUUCAGUAUGAUUCCGAAGGCUCUUUUAAAUCAAAUCCAAGAUGAGUCUGAUCUAGUCAAGGAGGCUUGUGCUGCUACUGUUGGGAAAUUAUCUUGCUGUCUUUCUGGUACAUUCAGUAUACAGCCUCCUUCAGCAGACUCUGCUAUAAAGCAUGUUACCUCUGAUAUUUUAUGUAACAGCCUCAUUGCGACUUGUGCUCAUGAAAAAACUUGCUCUGUGCAAGCCUGUGUUUUUAAGCCAUUUCUUAUUCUUCUUGAGAACAAAGUAUCCAGUUUGAUAAAACUAGGUAAGAUUUAAUUUUACUCUGUUUCUGUAUAUUCCUUUUUUAUAUAUAUUGCUUUGGGUAGUUGGUUUUAUUGUGUAGCUGGGUUUCUUUUUUUUGUAGUUAAGAUGGUGCUUGA